GCAGCUGUGGGACCUUCCUCCGUCGAGCGCUGCUACCGGCUGCGGUCCCGUGGGUCCGACAGCGGCUCCUGAGAGCACUCAGGCAGCUCCUUGCAGUGACUCCACACCGUCAACUCAAUCCUUCCCAUCACCUCACCCUUCCUCUUCCGGAGCUUCGUCGUGUUCCGAGCUUGGGACCCGCCCAGCGGAAGUGACGCCCCGUGGAGGCCGGUGCUUCCGGCGCGCAGGCAGCGGUGGCCCGGCAGGAGGAGCCCCGCGCCGCUCCCUAAUCGCCGCGCCGCCGCACGGCCCGCCUCGCGGCGCCCGGAGACAGAACUCAGAUGAAAUCAAAAGAAGGAUAAAGUUUGGAGCAGAAAAAGAAGCUGCAAUUGCUUUCCUGGUCUGCAGUUUUGACAGGGCAUUAAGAUGUCCGUGGACAUGAACAGCCAGGGCUCUGACAGCAAUGAAGAGGAUUAUGACCCUAAUUGCGAGGAGGAGGAAGAGGAUGAGGAUCCUGGGGAUAUUGAGGAUUAUUAUGAUGGGGUAGCUAACGACGUGGAGCAGCAGGGAGCAGAUGCCUUUGAUCCAGAGGAGUAUCAGUUCACCUGCCUGACUUACAAGGAGUCGGAGAGCACUCUGAAUGAACAUAUGGCCAGCUUGGCUGCUACAUUAAAGGUAUCACAUGCCGUUGCAAAGCUAGUAUUAGUUAGUUUCCACUGGCAAAUCUCAGAGAUUUUGGAAAGACACAAGUCUAAUGCUGCCCAAUUGCUAGUAGAAGCACGAGUUCAGCCCACCUCAUCCAAACAUGCAAUGGUACAUUCCUCCCAUCACUGCGCUGUGUGCAUGCAGUUUGUCCGGAAGGAGAACUUGCUCUCUCUGGCUUGUCAGCACCAGUUCUGUCGCAGCUGUUGGGAGCAGCAUUGUACAGUGCUCGUCAAGGAUGGUGUUGGAGUCGGGGUCUCCUGCAUGGCUCAGGACUGCCUGCUUCGAACACCAGAAGACUUUGUGUUUCCAUUGCUGCCUAGUGAAGAACUGAAAGACAAAUACAGGCGCUACCUCUUCAGGGAUUAUGUGGAGAGCCAUUAUCAGCUGCAGCUGUGUCCUGGUGCAGAUUGCCCUAUGGUUAUACAGGUACAAGAGCCAAAAGCCCGGCGAGUGCAGUGCAAUCGUUGCAAUGAGGUCUUCUGCUUUAAGUGUCGGCAGAUGUACCAUGCACCCACAGACUGUGCUACCAUUCGGAAAUGGCUCACCAAGUGUGCAGAUGACUCCGAAACAGCCAACUACAUCAGUGCUCACACUAAAGAUUGUCCCAAGUGCAAUAUCUGUAUUGAAAAGAAUGGAGGCUGCAAUCACAUGCAAUGCUCCAAGUGCAAGCAUGACUUCUGCUGGAUGUGUCUGGGAGACUGGAAGACUCACGGCAGCGAGUACUACGAAUGCAGUCGGUACAAAGAGAAUCCUGAUAUUGUAAACCAGAGUCAGCAAGCACAGGCCAGGGAGGCCCUUAAGAAGUACUUGUUCUAUUUUGAGAGGUGGGAGAAUCACAACAAAAGCCUGCAGCUGGAGGCACAGACAUACCAACGAAUCCAGGAGAAAAUUCAAGAAAGAGUUAUGAACAACUUGGGAACAUGGAUAGACUGGCAAUACCUACAAAAUGCUGCAAAACUACUUGCAAAGUGUCGUUACACCCUGCAGUACACAUACCCGUAUGCCUACUACAUGGAGUCUGGUCCCAGAAAGAAACUGUUUGAAUACCAGCAGGCCCAGCUGGAAGCUGAAAUUGAAAAUCUCUCAUGGAAGGUGGAACGAGCAGACAGCUAUGACAGAGGGGACUUAGAGAAUCAGAUGCACAUAGCAGAGCAGAGACGGAGGACCCUGCUGAAAGACUUCCAUGACACAUAAGUCAGGAGGAAGUGACAAAGUGCAGGGGUGAGAGCAACGAGUGAAGUGAUGGCAGCUUCACCAGGAUAAGCAGGCACUGCCUCUGGGAUAACACGGCCAAGGACAAAGCCACCCCUCCCCUUGCAAGUGAGACACAUGCAAACACCACAUCUUAGUCCAGUUUGUUCUUUUAUCUUUCUUUUUCUGUUUCUGCCAGGCUAGAGGCCAGAGUUCAGAUUGGCAUAUUUCCUGGGACAUUUCCCUCCUGCCCUUGAUGGUUUCUGAAGGGGAGGGAGUUUUUCUCUGAAUGGCUGUUAAUAGUAUUAGAUCAUUACAAUUUAUGUAAUUUUCAACGGUUGUACAAUUAUACAGACAAACCUUAGAAUAACACACAACCCUUUUUAAAAGUAAAUUGGCAGUGGAGUGUUUUUCCUUAAUCUGCUUGUACAUCUAAUGGGCUUUUCCCCCUCUCUCCCUUCCUCUGACCCAAAAAUCCUCCUAGGCACUGAAGGAGGUUACAAAAUCCCAGCUAUUUCGCGAUGCUCCUUUAACCAGGGCAUUAUAGCAUUGGCAUUGCACGAAGAGAGUGGCUGGUGGUAAGAGUGGCUGCUGCUGUGUCUGACCCAACAGUACCAGCAGUGGCCAUGAUUUAGGAUGAUGACAUGUGACAUCUCUUUUCUUGUCAAAUAAAUGUGCAAAAUCUUGUUACACCAACAAAAACAAACAGAGGAAUUGUAGGGAAGAGACCUACACUGGGGGAUAUGCCUAGAGUCAGAUCAGAUUCUGCAUUUGAUGAAUUUUUAGGUCUUCCAUAUAGAUUUUUUGCUUUACUUGUUUUUGUGGGGAGGAUGUUGUAUUGCCAAAGUGAGUGAUGAGGGAAUAGUAGCAUACAGUUGUUAAUCAAGGCUUGGGGCUUUUGAGGAGUGAAACAGUCCAUGUUAUAACAGUGCCUUGCAGCCUGGUAAAGUUUAUUUGUGCCUGCUGGGCAACAUGGCUCAGAAAAUCUGAUCCCAUUCAUCAAGAUGAGACUAAACAAUGCUACGUUAUGAGGAGAAAGGAUUAUGUACAACACACUCCCUGGCACAUGUUGGCAAUGCGGAUGGACACUUGAAUACAGGUGCACUGCUUGUGCAGAGCCUGCACCAAGCGAGGCAGAAAAAUCAGCAAAAUUAAUUUAUUUGUAUAUUAGUAUUGAUACUGGUGGGGACUUAUCAGAAAAAUUGGUUGUUAGGAGCAUGUGGAGCUUUUUUAUUAACAUUCUUUUUUCUAAUGUAAAAUAUACACUAAAAUAAAACUAUGAAAACCUAGUUCAUCUUAGUAGGGGUUAACAUGGAAAAGGUUACUUGAAUGCUGAGCCUUGCCUGUUUGCUGCAGGAAGCAGGCCUCAUGCUAAGAUUUCACAGGCAUAUAUGUCACCUGCUCCAGGAACAUGCUGUUUGCAGCCAGUAAGGUGGAGCUGGAGUCUGAUCUGAGGAAAUCUUCACCUCUGCGGGGAACUUGUGGGGUUGUCUUCCAUGCUGUAUGUGGAAGUGUUGUUUUUGAUGCAUCCCUGUACUGCUCUUAUACAAUGUCACUUUAUAAAGAUUAAACUGGAGGGGGGUGGAAGUGCUAAAUUA